GCAGGAGCAAAACUACACGCUGCACUCCUCCCACCUUCCAGCAAUGGCAUCUAAUAAGCGAGCCAACUCCAGCGACGUCGCCGCCGGCGAGCAGCAGAAGCUGUCGCCUUCCGGCCUCCCGAUCCGCAAGAUCCCGGGAGGCUACGGCGUCCCGUUCUUCUCGCCGCUUCGCGACCGCCUGGACUACUUCUACUUCCAGGGCGCCGACGAGUUCUUCCGCUCCCGCAUCGCCCGCAACGGCGGCGCCACCGUACUGCGCGUCAACAUGCCGCCGGGUCCGUUAAUCUCCGGCGACUCCCGUGUCGUUGCUCUCCUCGACGCGCGCAGCUUCCGCGUCCUGCUCGACGACUCCCGUGUCGACAAGGCCGGCACGCUCGACGGCACCUACAUGCCCUCGCUCGCGCUCUUCGGCGGCCACCUCCCGCUCGCGUUCCUCGACGCCGCCGACCCGCGCCACGCGGCGCUCAAGCGCGUCAUGAUCCGCCUCGCCGCUGCGCGAAUGCACCACGUCGCGCCGGCGUUCGGCGCCGCCUUCACCGCCAUGUUCGACCGCGUCGAAGCCGGCCUCAAGGCGUCCGGCUCCGACGAGUUCAACAAGCACAACGACCGCCAGAUGCUCGACUUCACCUGCGCCACCCUGUUCGGCGGCGCGCCACCGUCCAAAGUCAUCGGCGACGGCGCCGCGGCGAAGGCUUACAAGUGGCUGGUGUUCCAGCUCCACCCGCUCGCGAGCAAGGCCAUCAAGCCGUGGCCGCUCGAGGACUUGCUCCUCCAUACCUUCCGCUUCCCUCCGUUCCUCGUGCGCCGCGACUACGCCGAGCUCACGGCGUACUUCGCCGACGUCGCCGCCGGCGUCCUCGAGGAUGCCGAGAAGGCCGAUCCUGGCGCCAUCCCGCGCGAUGAGCUCCUCCACAACCUCGUCUUCCUCGGUAUCUUCAACGCGUACGGCGGGUACAAGUUCUUCCUGCCACACCUCGUCAAAUGGCUCGUCCGUGGCGGCCCGGAGCUGCACGCCAGGCUCGCCGGCGAGGUCCGAGCCGUCGUCCCCGCGGACACCGCCAAGGCCAUCACCCUCGCCGCCGUGGAGAAGAUGCCUCUGGUGAAGUCGGUGGUCUGGGAGGCGCUGCGCAUGAACCCGCCGGUGGGGUUCCAGUACGGCCGCGCGCGGCGCGACAUGGUCGUGGAGAGCCACAACGCCGCGUACGAGGUCAAGAAAGGGGAGAUGCUGUUCGGGUACCAGCCGCUGGCGACGCGCGAUGAGCACGUGUUCAAGCGCGGCGGCGAGUUCGUCGCCGACCGCUUCGCCUCCUGCUCCGACGGCGAGCGGCAGCGGCUGCUGGAGCACGUGGUGUGGUCGAACGGCCCGGAGACCGGCGUGGCCGCGGAGGGCAACAAGCAGUGCCCCGGGAAGGACAUGGCGGUGGCAGUGGGGCGGCUGAUGGUGGCGGAGCUGUUCCGGCGGUAUGACACGUUCGCCGCCCGCGUGGAGGAGCAGCCGGUGGAGCCGGUGGUCACGUUCACGUCGGUGACGAGGGCCACCGCCGCGGGCCAUGGCGACGGCAAGGCGUGAUGCGCGUGCCUCGUGGGAAGCGAGGUGGUAUUCAAGUUUAAUUUGUGUGCAUGAUUGUUUGAGGACACUGUACCCGUGUGUAGUAGUACCAUGAUUGUGUGUCGAGUUAUUUAAUUUGCAUGGCUUGCAUUGCAUGGUGUCUGUCGCAUGUGGCUUAUUUCGGGUCUUUUUUCAUCAAAUAUGAAUAAUGGAUUGAUUUGCAUGGUGUAA